UAUAUUCUGAAAACGGAAGGGACAUUCGAAGCCGAAGGUGAGUUCGGUUCAGGUGAAGAAAGUGUCGAGUUUGGUUGAAACUUAGAACCAUGGCGAUUGAUGCCAUUGAAGCUCCCUCUCCUCCAUCUCUAUCACCUUCCCAUUUCAGUUCUGUUUGCAGUCAACAGCGCCACUUCUAUCUCGCCGUCGACAGGCUCCAGUUCAAGUUGGAGACAUUUAUGGACCUCUUGGGCGUGGCGGGAAGGCGCCCCUGUCUUCCAAUGGUGGUCUGCUGCAGCUCACGUGACGAACUCGACGCCGUCAGCUCCGCCGUCGCAACCGUCCCCUAUAUCUCUCUGGCCCCUCUGUACACUGACCUAGCUGAAGCAGACCGUGCUGCAAUAUUAGAGUCCUUCAAGCAAGCAACCAUCAGGUGGAACCCAGAAGUUGGUGCUCAAUCAGCUGAUGACAGUGAGCCUGUGAAAGAGGAACAAAAAUCUCAUAUGAUAGUUGCUACAGAUGCAUGCAUUCCGCUUCUUGCUUCUGGGGAGUCACCUAUUUCUGCUCGUGUUCUUAUAAACUAUGAGUUACCUGCAAAGAAGGAAAUAUAUACAAGGCGUAUGGCAACUUGUUUGGCUGCAGAUGGGAUUGUAAUCAAUAUGGUUGUGGGGGGUGAGGUAGUAACUCUCAAAAGUAUUGAAGAAAGCAGCAACCUAGUCAUAGCUGAGAUGCCCAUAAAUAUUUCUGAGAUUUUAUGAAGACAUAUGAUCUCUCCUAUGCCAGACGACAAGUUAAAGGACCAGAUCCCUCGUACUGUGCGAUGGUUGAAGCACUUAAAUGUGAUGCUGGUGCAUUUUGAGUAGUCACUUGUAUAAACUUAAUCUGAUAUGAGUUUUGUAUCACUUUUUUCAUAGCUAAACCGAGAGACAGUAGUUGGCUAGAAAAGGCCGCAUGACGAUCACAGCAACACUAUAUAUUUGGCUCUUGUGUAGUUGUGAGGCAUGUUCAAAGAAUUAUGUUCAAGUAGCUUUGCUGACUGUUACGACUGUGUACACAAGAUUUAUAGGGCAGUAGAGUGUAUGUUUGAUCUUUUUUGUAUGUCAAAACUAGUUUAAAUGGGAUAAAUGUGAAUUUUACAAAUCUUCUGUUUA